AGGUCAAGAGGACAAGUAGACGUAACAACUUCCUCUUCAUCUACUCCACUCUCUCUUAUCGCUUUCUUCUGGCCUGUGGAAGUUCUCGUAGGCGUAUUCUUCUUCUGCAAUUCACAGCCAAACAUUGAGUUCGACAUAAAUGAUGGAACAAGUAAAGGCAAGUAACUGGCUUGAUGAGUCUGAAGAUGAGCUUAUUGUGAGAGAGCUUCUUGAUGAUGAAUCCCCUUUCUUCCUGUUGCCCAACGAAGCUGCUGAAUCCAAACCUACGACUAAUCAUUACUCCAAUGACCAAACCAUUAGUCGACUCGUUUCCACGGUGUAUUCUGGGCCAACAAUCCAGGACAUUGAUCAUGCGUUGUCGUUCACCAGCAGCAGCACCAUCCAGAGAGACCAAGUCCAAGCUGCUUCACAAGCUUGCAGAAUUUCAAUAUUGGAAAAGGGUGUCAGUAGGAUUGAGAAUAACAAGUAUACUCUGAAACUCAAAACCUGUGGCAAUGGAAUGGCUGAUGAUGGUUAUAAAUGGAGAAAAUAUGGCCAAAAAUCUAUCAAGAAUAGCCCAUAUCCCAGGAGCUACUACAAGUGCACAAACCCAAGGUGCAGCGCAAAGAAGCAGGUGGAGAGAUCCAGAGAAGAUCAAGACACACUGGUAGUAACCUAUGAAGGGCUCCAUUUACACUUUGCUUAUCCAUGUUUCCUGCUUGAACAACCUAAUCUUGUGAACCCACCACCGUCGAAGAAGCCCAAGAAGGCGGCUGCAACCCAAGAAACGGCCGAGGAAUGCCCACCACAAGCAAGUCCAACCACUGGCUCAAUGGAGGAGUGUGAGUGCCUGUUGGAUCAGACACAAAGUCCUCAGCCUCAGAGUCAGGGUCUGCUUGAAGAUAUAGUGCCUUUGAUGAUUAGGAAUCCCUUGUCUUCAAAUUCUUCUUCUUGCUCUUCUUACCCUUCUCCUCCUACUUCACCUUCUUCCCUCUCUUGGUCUCCCCAUUCUUGUUUUUAAUCGGGUGAAUGCACGUAAUUUUAACGGUGUGUUUGGAUGGGAUGAAGACAGAAUUUGACGUAAAAUAAGAGCAUGUAAGGUUUUAAAACCUUCACAAUUCAGCGGCUCAUACAGAAUUAUAUAUUAUAAUCUAAUGAUUUCUUUCUUAUCUUC